CAGUUCACAUCUGGCCAGUACAGUUUGUAUGGAUUCACUGGCGCCAUAUUUUGUACAGCUAUGCCAGUUGAUUGCCAUGAGCCAUGCCAGUGUGAACCGCGCAUGAGGUCAUUGUCAAAUCAAAGCUGUCAAACUGUCGUUCCGAAGUUCGCACUGUAAUGUUUUCAAGUUGUAAAGUUAAUGUUGAUUUCGCCUUGUAAACAGGAAUUGCUUAAAAAUGAAAGAGAAACGUGAGAAGAAAAAGAAGCACAUAAAGGACAAAAUGAAACACAAAAAAUCUAAGAAGAAAACAUAUUCAGAAUCUUCAAGCAGUUCAUCACAGUCUGAUGAAUGGGUCGAAAAAGAUAAAGGUUCGUCCAAAAACCGUGAUGAAUGGAUGUCAAUGACAGGUAUGUUGAAAACAUACACAAAAGAUGAUGUUAAAGUUACGCGAGAAGAUAAUAAAAAAAACAUAGAUUCAUAUAAUCCUUCAACAAGUUCAAGAGAAUUAAAUCCAUAUUGGAAAGAUGGUGGUUCCGGUCUACCUCAGUCACAUGAAAGUUUUCGUAAAUCAAGACAGUUUAUGAAACCUUCUGAUGAUGAUGAUUAUUAUACUAAACCAUUAAGCAAUCAGGAUAAGCAAGAAACAAGAAACAAGCAUGAACAUAAGUAUGACGGAAAUGAAUUUAGACAAAAAGCAAGCAAUUGGCGAAAAGAUGAAAGAAGGGAAGAAAAACAAGACUACAAAAGUAAACAUGAUAUAACAACAAUUAAAAGUGAAAAUAUCAAAGAUUCGGUUUCUUUGAAAGGUCCAUCAGAAUCGGAGAAGGGUUCCGAUUCUUUAUAUCUAAGUGAUGAAAAGAUGAAUAAAUUAGCAGCUAAAAUUGUUAAAGCUGAAAUUAUGGGUGAUACCAAGUUAGUAAAUGAGUUGAGAGUCAAGUUAGAAGCAGCAAGGGAGUAUAGAAAACAAAACUCUGGUGUUGGUAAAGAUGACAAUGGUAUAAUGUUAAUGACAACCACUGCUAUGGGAAAUAGUAGGCCUUUAUCCAAAGCAGAUUCAUCACACGCAGGAGAUCCAAGAAGUAAAGGUGGGAAAAGAAAAGCAGAAACACACAAUGCUAAUGAAAGAGUCAAAUACUUUGGAAAUGAUGAUAAAUACAAUUUAUCGCAAAUGUUUGAACAAGAAAAGUAUGGCACUAAUUAUGACCAAGAUGCAGAGUUAGCGACAAUAGUAGCAAAACAUAGGAAUCCUAAUGAUGACUUGGAAGACAUUUUUGUUGAUGAAAUAUCAAAGAAUAGAAACCUGGCUAAGGAUAAUGACAAAGAGAGACAACAUGCAAUCAAUCAGAGUAUGAAAUUAGAACGAUCAUUGGAAGGAUGUGAAUAUUGCAUAGAUUCUAAAAAAAUGUUGAAACAUUUAAUAGUUAGUUAUGGCAGUAAAGUGUAUGUGGCAUUACCUGCUAAGAAAUCACUCGUCAAAGGGCAUUGUAUUAUAACAACUUUGCAGCAUAAUACAUGUGUUACUUCCUUAGAUGAAGAUAUUUGGGAAGAAAUAUUGAAUUACAGGAAAAUGAUCACACAAUUCUUCAACCUGCAAAACAAAGAUGUAGUCUUUUUUGAGACAGCAACAAGGCUUCACAGAUAUCCACACAUGGUAAUAAACUGUGUGCCAUUGCCGAGAGAUGUUGGAGACAUGGCAUCCAUUUACUUUAAAAAGGCUCUUCUUGAAUGUGAAGCAGAAUGGUCAAUGAACAAAAAAGUUGUAGACUUGAAAGGUAAAAAUAUAAGAAAAGGUGUACCAAAGGGUUUACCCUAUUUUUGGAUAGAUUUUGGUAUGGAUCCAGGGUUUGCACAUGUUAUUGAAGACCAACAGUUAUUUCCAAAGACAUUUGCUGAGGAAAUUAUUGGUGGCAUGUUGGAUUUAAAUCACAAUCUAUGGAAGAAUCCGCAACGAGAAUAUGGUGAUGUUCAGAGACAAAAGGUUUUAGAUUUUGUAAAAGAAUGGAAGCCUUUUGAGACAUCAAUGAAGAAUAAAGGAUAAUUACCAAA